CAGUUCAGUCGUCCAUCGUCGUUACAUUUCGUUGACUUCGUUGUUAGCCGAAUGGAAUGGCCGAUAUGAAUGUCGACUCAGUACUGCGUGCGCAAUAAAUGGUGAUGUGAAUUUGGGUGGUAAAGAAUUGUAGAGUGAACAUUCAUGUUUGAAAGUUGUAGUUAAUUUGACAGUAUCAAUUCCUGUGACGUUGUGCAAUAUAAUUUCCGAGUGUUGUGUAGUUUUUAUCGCAGAAUAAACGUUGGUUAAUCGCUAGAGUCAGCUGUGGACAACCAAGUAAUUUACAGAAUUCUAGUGAAUAUAAUACGAUGUGUUCCAUGUCGGACUAGUGGUAAAUAAAGAGAAGCCUACGCAUAAUUAAACUUGACCGGUUUUAUGUUGAUGCACGAGCUCCACACGAGUCUGUACUACAUUGCGCGAGCACCGCGCCGCCUAUCCGCACCUUAAAACGGCGGCGUGGCAGCGCAGGCUUAGGGUGUAGCGAGAUCGCGCACCCUGGAGCCACCCAGGGUUCCACUGUUGAGGAGGGCGCGGCGACAGAAUGGAAGACGCCGGCAGCAACAAGCAGCGACAAGCCACGCGAGUAUUCAAGAAGAGCUCGCCAAAUGGCAAGAUCACCGUAUACUUAGGGAAAAGAGACUUCGUAGACCACAUCACACAUGUAGACCCGAUUGAUGGAGUAGUCCUAAUUGACCCAGAAUAUGUUAAGGACAGGAAGGUGUUUGGCCAUGUACUGGCCGCGUUCAGGUACGGCCGAGAGGACCUCGAUGUACUGGGGCUCACCUUCCGCAAGGACCUCUACUUGGCCGCUGAACAGAUAUACCCAGCGACGAACACAACAAAGCGGCCUCUGACGCGGCUGCAGGAGAGGCUGGUCCGCAAGCUGGGCGCGGCCGCGCACCCCUUCUACUUCGAGCUGCCGCCGCACUGCCCCGCCUCCGUCACCCUGCAGCCCGCGCCCGGCGAGACAGGCAAGCCCUGCGGGGUGGACUACGAGCUGAAGGCGUUCGUCGCCGACUCCCAGGACGACAAACCACACAAGAGGAAUUCUGUGCGGUUAGCUAUCAGGAAGAUAAUGUAUGCGCCGAGCAAGCAAGGCGAGCAACCUUCCGUCGAAGUAUCCAAAGAAUUUAUGAUGAGCCCCAACAAACUAUAUCUGGAAGCUUCCUUAGAUAAGGAGUUGUACCACCACGGCGAAAACAUAGCAGUGAACGUACACAUAGCCAACAACUCCAACCGGUCGGUGAAGCGUAUAAAGGUGUCCGUGCGCCAGUUCGCAGACAUCUGUCUCUUCUCCACCGCGCAGUACAAGUGCACCGUCGCUGAAACAGAGAGCGAGGAGCCCAAAUCGAUGUCGGCGAGACUAUUUAAAUUCCCCUUUAUCGGGAUAUUCAAUAAGAAAGUAUCUAUGCAGUCCGUGGAGGGGUGUCCAGUGGGCCCUGGGUUUACCCUGAGCAAGGUGUUCACGGUGACGCCACUGCUAGCCAACAACAAGGACAAAUGGGGCCUAGCACUUGAUGGACAGCUCAAACACGAGGACACUAACCUCGCAUCCAGCACGCUCAUCGCUGAUCCAUCACAACGAGAAAAUUUAGGCAUCAUAGUGCAGUAUAAAGUCAAAGUGAAAUUAUGUCUCGGACCUCUCGGCGGAGACUUGAGUGCGGAGCUGCCGUUUAUUCUGAUGCACCCCAAACCCGAGGAAGAGCCCCGCGCCGCACCCGACGCCCCGCGCGUGCAGGACCACGACCUCAUCCAGCUCGACCCGCAUCCCGACGAGAACGGUCAGGAGCAAGAUGACGACAUAAUAUUCGAGGACUUCGCGCGGCUCCGACUGAAGGGCGCUGACGCGGAUGCCUGAGAUUCAGCUUCACCCACGGAGUGCGCGACUCCACCGGAGCUCUGGCUCUCGCAAAUUGACACCUGGCCGUCGCCUCCGGAAAGGCGGUCGUUUGGAACACCGCAGCCUCUUUCAACACCCCGACCUCUCUCGAUACCUUGGCCUUACGCGAUACCCCGACUAGUUUCAUCCUCGACUUCUUUAUCGCCUACUCCAUCAGAACUCCAGUCUGUCAACCUGUCAAUACCCCAACUUUUCGCAUCAUCAGAAUCUAUCUCGGGACCACGAUCUCUUGAAUCAUUUGAAUCCCAAUUUUUUGAGAUAGGCCAACCAAUGUCAAUACUUCGACCAGAAUUGUCUUCUGCGCCCAAUUCCACGUUUUCAUCGUUACUUGCAUUCCUAUUGCUGGUGUUGGCAUGGUAUGAUUAUUUUAUGUCUGACUACUUGGACGAGCCACUUCCACCCGGGCUGCUAGCAGAGCUCGUGGAGUUCGCCAGAGCCCACUCGCGCUCUUUGCCGCAGCGAGCAAGAGAUCGCCGCGUCCGCCAACGAUAUCUAGGCGGGGGCUGGUAUGAGAUUUUGUAGUCCGGCCGUCACAACGGUUCAAGUAGUAGUGGCUGGAUGGCCGCAAGGCACGCGCUCCCGAGCCCCUGCUGCGCUCCUUAAAUUGGAUUCCGCAUCCAUAUUUGGAGGAUUUAGACAAUGACCCCGAUUUACAGUCAUUGAGUAAACCUUGAUAAUCCAUUAGCCCAUCUUGUGCAGGCUUAAUACGAACUAAGGAAUCCAUACUAGUAAGACAUGUAAUUUCUCCCCCUCGAAAUCUAUGCCAACUUGGUAUGUAUGUCAUGAUCCCGAUAUUGAAAAAAAUAAAGGCGAAACAAUAAAUAUUAAAAAGAACAUGUCCAAAAGCUCUUUCAAUACGUGAUUAUCGAAGGCUGUCGAACAACAGCCCUUAAUAUUUUAAGACGCGGUAUAAUUGUCGUUUGUAACUCAUAAUUUUAUAUACUAGUGUCGUAAAAUACAAACGAACGGAAAGUAAAUGCAGUCUGUCCAUGAACAUUCAAUCCCUGUACAGUGUAUAACAAGUAUGUAUCGAAAGGAUUUGACUAUUCACCAUAUUAUGAUAGUGUGCGCGUGUACACACACUCGCGCACGAACAAUUAGCGUUAUAUAAUGAAAAGUUUUAUAUUAUAUUCGAUGUAUAUUGUAUGUGAAGAUUUAUUUUAAUAGAUGUCUAUUGAUCAAAUAAGCGAGUACAAUAUAAUUAUUUGUCACUUUCAUUGGCCAUUGAUUUUUAGGAGUAGUACAAUGUUCGACGAAUGCAUUUAAUAGUGUAAAACGAGUGUUAUACCUCUUUAAUGUAAUUUUACUUUUCGACGGUAGCGUUGUAUGUGUUAUUGUUGAUGUUGAAAAUAAUACAUUUAUGAGAUUGUGUUGACUUUGUGACAGUUAACGUAGGCGCAGUGUUCACGGAUACUGUAUGUAUCAAACGUUAUGUAAUAAUGAUGGUACUGGUACUCUGGUAACUUGACUCACUGAGAAGUCCGGCGACUCCUUCCGUAUGGCAGUUGUUGAUGUAAAAAUGUAUUUAUUGUAAUUAUUGAACGGGAGUAGCUCGACCGGCUUGUAUCAACGAAAGUAUUGCCCUGGUUCCCUUCGAGGAGGGGCAGUGUAUGUGUUGUCAAAUGUUCACAAAGUCACCGCAAUAUGGCGGUACUGUGGUGUGUGUCAUCAAUGUCCCACAGUGUUGCGAGUCUACCGUUUACCCUUAGCGUAUUUAGUUAGAUCUAUGUGUUAUAUAAAUUAGAGUGUUUCGUUUAUCAUGUAAAUAAAUAUAUUACUAUUAUCGACGUAAUACGUUUUUUCAAUCACUGCGUUGGUCACGUAUUAACAGAAUAAAAGAAUGCCGAAAUAUUGAAACAUACAUUUUGCAGUAACGAGAUAGCUGUUUCAGCCUCUAAUUUGUAUGACACAGAAUAAUUCGUCAGUUGCUUGUAAACUAACACACCUUUACUAUGUACUACGUGCAGCUGAACUCCUGUGCUAAACCGAACUCAUACAAUGGAUCAUUUCUUGUAAAUACUAUUUAAUUAUUUGUUUCAGCAUGUACCAUGGUUGAAACCAUUAUAUCUGCUGUGUAAAUCCUACAAGUACCUGGUUUACUAGCCAAAGGUGCCUACGCCGUGGUUUUAUCCGUUUAAUUAUUGGCUACCACAGUGCAACUGCCUUAUUAACACAAUCAGUGGUAUGAUUUCAGGUCCAAAAUCCUUGUAAAAUAACAUUUUUAUUGCCAGUAAGAUAAUUGCUUGCAUAUCUACAGACUAAUAAGAUGCAGCUCCAUUAUACUACCGAUGUAUAAAUAAAAAGUUAACAAAUUAAUUAUCUAGAGCUAUAAUUUAGUGUAAUUUAUGUUAUAGGUUGACUCCGUCUGUGUAAUAGAUGGCGCGCUUGGCGUGACGUCACAGAUUAUAAGUAUGUGUAUGAUUUGGAUUCAUAGUAAGGAAAGAGACUCUGCCCUUCUUACUAUGACUAGUUACCGAAAGAAUUAUUACUACGGGUUGACAGAAAGGUCACAUUGAAAAAUAGAUUUUGAUACAUUUUAUAUCCAAGCGUGCAGGGGUAUGUAAUAGAACCUAUGUGUACACCGAGAUAUGGGCAUGUGCGAGCAUAGGUGGAACGGUAUAUAAUCUGUGAUGGCGCCCCCCAGCGGCAAGUACACACUAACGUCUUAUGAUAUUCGUUCUGUGACUAUGUACAUUAGUUUCGCUGUGUACAGUGUAAUAGUUAUGUAUAUUACGUGGCAUGUUUCAUUAUAUUCAUAAGUUUUAUGAUGCACAAAAGUAUUCUUCUCUUUAACGGGCCGUAAUUAUAACAAAUCUAUUGUUUAAUGAACAGAAAUAAACUGUUCUUUAUUGUAAGUUUAUUUUAAAAUGUGUUAAAAAUUCAAUCUUACAAUUAUGGAUUUAACCAGCUAGAUGAUAACUGUGCUCUUAGCGAGCCGCGGAGCUUAUUGCUUACUGCUAUCAGUUUAUUUUCACAAAAAUUGACUUUCAAGGCAUUAAAUUAUUCGGUGUUUCGGUUACUAUCAAGCUGUAUUAUUUAUGUAUUUUAAAUGUAAGUAUUAAGUGAAAAUAACAAUAUGUAAUAUUGAUAGUAGGUGAACAAAAUAAAGAGACGAAACAGUGGAAUUUACAGCCAACAGGUAUAGCGUGGCCUAUGCAGUAUGCUGGCACAAUACUCUUAAGUACAAUUAGCCAAUUUUAAUAUACAUAAUUUAUACUAUUCAGAGGCUAAUUUUUACGUUUUCUUGCACAAGUAUAACUUACACGUUUUAUGAAAUGAACUUUUCUACUUGUCUACCACUUGGCUGUAAAGAUAUCUCUGUAUGAUAAAUAAAUACUUAGCUAGUGUCCAAUACCCAAAAUGUAUGAUGUAAGUGCCAGCCGUACUGAAACUGAGGAACAUUUACAGUUUACACUUUACAUGCAUUGAAAUAAGGAAACACGUUUUAAGGAGUUCAACUAUGGUUGGCACUACACUAUAAUCCUGUGCAGAAUUCAUUCACUAAUGUCAAAUCGCACACGUUCUUUUUUUUAAUUUUACAUCGAAACAUUUUUGAUGUAUACUUUUUUCAAUAAAUAAUAUGUAACCAA